AUGGAACCAAAAAACAUCCCUCAGACUGCCAAAUUCUGCAUGCUUCAUGAGAUCGUUUCAUGCUCAGAGCUUUGUGGGUUUCCUCCUCGUGACAAUGCAAAGGCAAAAGGAAAUGAUCUAAAAGUCAUGCCGGGUGCUGCAGUUGAUAUUCAUCAUAUUGAAGAUCCGGGAAUUGACGAUGGUGAUGAGCUACUGGGUCAGCUACAUUUUGAGCCAGACUCUGACACGUUAUGUAUUCAAGAAUAG